AUGUCGGCUACUCUCUCCAGCGUCGAGCAGAAGGUCUACAAGAAGGUCAUGGCCUCCAAGAAGAAGGCCAUGACCCAACAGCAAAUUGAGACUGCCAUCCCCGGCUUGUCCAAGAAGGAUUGCCACUCAGCCAUCAACAAGAUCCUUGGUCUGAAACUGUUUACGGCCUCGAAGAACUCGAAGGGGGAGCUCGUGUUCCACGGUGUGGCUGUAGAGGAUGCGCGCAAACAAAAUACCCUCACGACGGAACAACAAUAUGUCCUCCAGAUUGUCGACAAGGCUGGCAACACAGGUAUCUCCAAGCCGAGUAUCGCGAACCAGGUCAACACCGAGAUCAUGGCUCGCAUGCAAGUGUUCCGCGCCCUCGAGUCGCUUGAGAAGGUCGGACUAGUCAAGACGUUCAAGAGCGUCAAUGCGCCGACGAUGCCGCUGUACAUCCUCGCGCACCUCAAGCCUCCCGAGGACAUGGCGGGUGGUAUCUGGUUCGACGAGAGCAAGGAGUACGACUCAGUGUUCGUCGACACGCUCCGUGGGGUUGUGCUCAACUUUAUCCAGCUGAAGACCUUCCCGCAGCGCAAGGCCGCCAACGACGCCAUCUCCAAGCUCUGCUCUAAUCCCAUCUACCCCAUAUCCCAAACCGCUGCCCUCCCAACACCCUCUCUCAUCCUCUCGCACUUGCAGAAGAACAAAGUGACAAGUGCUCCCCUUACGGUCAAAAACGUCAUGGAGAUCUGCCGCGCUCUCGAGCUCGACGGUCUCAUCGAGAUGAUCAAGCCUGUUGGCGGCGUCAGCGUCGACCAAACGUUUGACUCGGACUCGGACGAAGAACCUGUGUUGAAGCGCUCUCGCAAGAACAAACGCGAUGAUGACGACGACGAUAUGGAUCCCGAGGAGCGUGAGCGUCGUGAACGCAAGGAGCGGGAGAAGAUGAAGGCCAAGCUCAAGGAGGCGAAGCGUGAAAAGCAACGUAAGGAGCGGGCGCGCGAGCGUGAAAAGGAGAAGGAACGCAAGCGUAGGGAGAAGGAGAAGGAGAGAAAGCGCAAGGAAAAGGAGAGGGAGAGGAAGCGCAAGGCCAAGGAUAAGGAGAGGGCGAGGAAGGAGAAGGACAAGCGAAAGAAGAAGAGAGUUGUCUCGUCUGACCUGGACGACUCGGAUGAGGAGCUGCGUGAGGUGGACGAGCCCAAGUCACGUCGCAAGAAGCGUGCGCUGUCGGACGAGUCGGACCUCUCGACAUCAAGCUCGAGCUCCUCGGAUUCGGACAGCGACAGCGACUCGGAUAUGUCAGUAUCGUCGGUCGACUCGGAUGACCUCGAUAACGGAACGGUAUCACUCAAACCCCAGUCGUCAGCCGCUGCUAUCAACCUUGCUAACCCGUUCUUCUCCGAUACGGGGCGGCAGACGCUGAUCGACCUCUCAGAUCAGGCCGUACUGUACCGUGCGCUGUCGCGCCUGACGAUCGCCUUAGGCCAGACGCAGGCGCCAUGUGGCACAUGUCCACAGUUCAACUUCUGCGAGGAGGGUGGGCCGGUCAACGCUGACUCGUGCUCGUAUUUCACCGAUUGGCUCUCGGGUACGGGUGGCGGAUGGACGGCAGACGUAAAGGCCGAGAAGGCGAAGAAGGCGGCCGAGGAGGAGCAAGCGCGCCGUCGUGCCGCGGCGGCGGCGAAUGGCGAGACGUAUGUCGAGGAGCCGUUGGCUAACGGUGACGAGGUGUACGAGGAGGAUGGGGAGUACGACCACUACGACGCUCCGAUGGACGAGGGCGAGGAAGGCUACUACUAG